CGACGGACGGACUGCAUUCAACUAAAGGUCGUCUGCAUAUCAAAACAAACGCAUGCGCAAGUGAGCACGUUAACCAGCAAAACAUUUGUGCUGCAGCGUGACGUUCAUCUAAUUUUAGCAAAUAAGACAAACAAACCACCUAGAUCGCGAAUUCGCAUUCGAUGCAGAAAUGGUCAAAGAAAUUUCAGAACGGCUUAUUCUUCAUUGGAACUAUCGUGGAUAUUAUUCCUUGCCAGAAGAGCUCUGCAUCUGUGGUAACCAUGUAUGUGAACUCUAUCUCAAAUACAACAACAUUACUGAACUGCCAAACUGGAUUGAAAACAUGACCAACUUGACAAAUAUCUACCUACAAGCAAAUUACUUAACAGAGCUGCCUGAAGCCAUUCAAUUCCUGACAAGUUUGACAACGCUUGACGUCAGCCAAAACCACUUAACCACAAUUCCUUCAUCAAUUGGAAAGCUUGUGAAUUUGAAGACUCUAGUCCUGACACAAAACCAACUUGCUUGCCUACCAAGCUCAUUGGGAAGUCUUCCUUGCCUAGUUUCACUACUUGUCAGCAGCAACAAGUUGACAGAGUUGCCAGAAUCGCUUCACCAGUGCCAGAAUCUAGAGCAGAUCCACCUUGAUUUCAACCAGUUCACUAGUCUGCCCAACUUUUUAACGCGGCUUUCACGACUAAAACGCUUAUCCGUCUGCUCAAACCAGCUGACUCAUUUGCCUCACCUACCCUUUGCGUGUAUCGAGCGUUUUCAUUGCGAUAACAAUCCAUGCAUAUCCUACCUCCCGUAUCCGCUCGCUUGUCAGAUGAAUCGACCUCCAGCCCAGCCGCUGGCAACACGUAACGUGUUACAUAUAUCAACCCUGUUCGGGUGUUUCAACCCGUCCAACCGGAAGGAAGCCACCGUCCUCGUCAAAGACUCACCGUCAGCAGCGCUCUGUUUUCUGCCAGAUAUCGACCUAAUUUGUACUUAUGCGCCUCCUAGCUUGCUUGAGCUCACUUUGCGUUCCAUUUCGUCACGGAUCUUUAACGAACCGCUAAACAUAAAUUUCGAUCGGAAGCAGAACCUCCACCGCUUCGAAUCCUCGUAUCACCACAGCUACGAUCAACGAAUCGGAGAAUUUUGUUUGCCGUCCACCCUGAUUCAGCUCUUGCGGGAUGGCCCUGUCGCCAUCUGUCUUGGGUGCCGAACGUUCAUCUUCCGGGGACCGGCUUAUCCGGUUUUCCUGUCUAAAAUAAUCGUUCAAUACGAACGUGCUGGCCACGAUCUCAUGCCAGUGGUCUGCUCUUUACUAUUCUGUUCAGCUUCCUGUUUCCGGACAGCUACUGCAGUUGGCGCUAUGGCCGGACUCGAAAACCCACUCGAUUGGGAAUGCAUGACACGUCGGACGACAAGUACCAAUUAGCUGGUGGUAAGAUAGUGUUGUUUCUUUCUUUUUCUUAAUAUAUCUCUCGCAAGCGUUUAGGACUGUAGUUAACUGAUGAAAUCCCGGGCUAUAUUAUAACAAAGGAAAGCGAACUUCUUUUGGUCCCAAUAGACAUACGUAAUGUGUCAAACGCAUUGCUAAUAGAUUAUAGUGGAGAUGCAGUUCGUCGUUUACCCUCGUCCCAAAAACGCAACUGUUGUCUUGCCCGUUUCUGUUUUUGUUUUUUUAUAGCUCUAUUUGUCUCUCCCCUUUUUUUUAAAGCUCUCUUUCAUCUGCUUUGUCAUUGUUCGCGUGUGAAAUGAAGCUCUGUCACACUAAGUUGUAUCACUGGAAACAGAUAAAUUUCUCCAGGUGCGCGCGCCUGCUUCGCACGCGAUCGAUGGCAAACAUUAGACACCCGAAACGUGUCUAAUUUAGUUUGACACAUAAUAAACAAUCGUUUGGAGAGGAUGGGGUGUUAUGUUUAACAAGCAAGUAGAGAGGCAGUUGUCUGGUGUUAUCCAAAAUUGUAGACGCUUUGCAAUCUUUCGCCGCUAUUUUUAUGGAUUCCAUAAAUCAUUUGGAGGACCUCUACGAGCUAUUUCAUAUCAACGAUAUCGCGUCCAAUAAAUAAAACAAGCUUGUUCUUCCACGACUUUCAUUCUCAGACGACAACUAAGCCAAACACUGCUCCCUGUUACACUAAUGGCUCCAAUCGAAAAGUUGGAAAAAAAAGAAAUGUUUACAAAAAUUAAAACUUAAAGAGGUAAAAAGCUCUCACGUUGCCGUACGAGGGUUCUAGGGUUCUUUCUCAUAUACAUUUUCAGAAGAGGAAUAUCAUCUUCUUACAUCUACCUUAAAUCUGUUUUCAUGUUUUGUCUUUCUCCUUCACUCUCGUUUCGUUUUUUUUUUUCUUUAAACAUCAUGAGCUGGCUAUAUUUUCAUUAUUUUCUCGGAACUUUGCGAAGCUUCGAUUGAAGGGGUCUUCGUUGGAAAACAACAGUUUAUUCGUUAUCGUUGUCCUUGUCGGGUAUUAUUUUUGUAAACAAACAAUACUGCACAAUAUGGCUUAGUAAAUUUUAUUUGAAUGCUGUGAACUGUGUAUGUUGCGGAUCGAUUUUGCUAUGUUUUUUUCUUUCCUUCCAACGAUAUAGUAACAUAAAGAGUGAUUUAAGUGAC